AUGGAAAGAAAGAGACCACUACUUCGCCUCUUUGUUGGACCGCCGGCGCGAACACAGUGGUCGGGGUGGCUGGUGGUUUCGGGAUCCUGUAGAAAUGCUUCUUUUAUGCCUCGGGUAUUAGCCACAGCUCGUAUUCAUUCAGUAAUUCUACCCCUUCUUCAUUCUUGGACCUCGUUUCUGAAUAUUGUGACUCUUCCAUGCUGUGUCUCAGGAACCUCUUCAAUACGGUCCGGAUUGCUAGCUCCCGUUCAUAGUUUUGCUACAGAUGAUACACGAGGACUCUUUUUAUGGCGGUUCUUCCUUCUAAUGACCGGCAUAUCUAUGAUUCUUUUCUUACAGAUGAAGCAGCAGGCAUCGGUCCGUAGAACCUAUCAAAAAGAGAUGGUUGUGGCGCGAAGUACUCUUGUGCACCUACGUCACUCGGCUCGCGCGCAACCCCGCCCCGUUAUGUUAUGGAAGAAUGGAGCUUAUUUCCGGGCUGGUUAUUCAGAGCCAGCAAUAAGCUGUCGGAUUUCGUCCCGCAACUAGAAGAAGAUCGCUUCGGGGGUCACUGUGGUGUGGCUGAAUGUAGAGAAGUCCGCCCUUACAGCCUUUGAUCAGUAGAUUAUUUAGAACUUCGGAAGAUGGUCAAGGUAGCUUGCUCCCAAGCCACUGCACUAGAUGCGCAUGUAGUCGUGUAGUAGUCGGCCCAGAAUGCCUCUGUUCUGUACUCAAAUAUGACUUCCGGAUGAAUGGGAAUUAAGUAGUCGCUCUUUGAUCUGCAGAAUCAGGCCUACGAGCUCUCUGUUUUAUGGCAGAGAUCUAUCCCAAGGAACCAAAUCACAAUGGAUCGAAGCCCUCCUUUUCCUGUAAAUUAGUGAGAUUCUAUCUCUCUCUUACUUGGGAGAUUUUGGUCGGCAUUAUAGAAGCAAAGCUUCCCGGCCGACUGCCUCCUUGUGUGGAAAUGCCUUUUCAUGAUCUCCAGCUCUUUCCCACCAGCUCGUUCUUUACUAGGCAUCUAGGCGAAACCCGCCGGGUUAACUCAACGUAAAGAAAGCUCAUUAGGUCAAAACGAGGGGAGUGCUUACUAAAAGGCCAGUUGGGAGUAGGUAGCUAUUAGGCUCACGCUUCCGUGUCACAGUAAGAUUGUUGUUCCAUAGACAGAUUCCUCCUCAUUAAGUAAGAAGGUAUGGAAUAGCCCGAGAGACACGGGUGAUGUCACUAUGACAAAGGAGCCUUACGAACUUCUUUUCUGGUCGAUCCACUUAGGCAGGCUUAGGUCGAUCCUCACUCAAUAGUAUUCACGCGACCCUGCCAUCCGGAUUUGAGGAACUUGACCUGCAGCAAAAGUGUAGUCGCACAUACAUGGCAAAUGAGUGGUUUACUUCGCAGACCAUACUGGAGCUAGUUUCAACAAAGCUUCCGGCGCAAGCAAGCUCUUUUUGGGGCUAGUGCUUACCACAGCACUUACCUUAUUCGUUUAAGUCAGAUAUUCUCUAUCGAGAAAGCGUACCACUACUAGCCGCCCUUACCCUUACACAGCUUAUUAUUCCGAUCUUGCUGCUCGCUUCGCUUCUGUGGUCACUGUAGCUGGUGUUGAAGUCCAUGCUUUAGCCAAUAUAUAUCUUAAGUAAAGAGACUCAGAAUAGUUUCUCUAUCCAUCAUUCGAAGACCCAUGAUCCAACCCAUCCUCCUUUCGAGCAGAUUGACUCAUCAAAAGCUGGAAACAAGAGCCCUCGUCCAGAGAUUUGGUAGGAAAGUGGAAGUUCUCUCCUGAGACCAUUACAAGAAAACAGACCUACUUCCUCGAUCUUCUCAUUAGAAUAGAAGGUUUGGCUGGCCCAUUCAGAGGGGCUUUUCUAAGAUGAAGAAGAUUAAGAACCCUGCUUCGAAGGGGGCACUCUACGUCGUUAACCCUAAGUCAAAGGCGGGCCCUAAUCCCCAUACCCGCGUGAAGAGCUUCUAGAAGAAGACUCUGAAUCCAUUAACAGCCAGGAAUGGAGGCACACAACAGGAUCUCUCAGUUCAGUAGGAAUUUUACUAUAAGAAGGAUCCCCUGCGAACUAGUCGUAGUCGUUUUUGCCAUUCUACCAAAAAUGCAUGUUAAGGAUCUCUGGCAUGUAAUGGAAUAGCAAGAAUCUUACCCUUUUCACCCAUGCCCCCAGUCUGAAAAGAACCCCCUGCCUCCAGCUCUAUCAGCUAUGGACCACCCGACCCGCCUAUUUCAGGUCUUGUUCCAGAUCUAAGAAGGGUUUAGAUGAAUCUAAAAACUCCUUUCUUUUUCUAUUCGUAGCAUGGAUGGGAAGUUGCUUCGACCUCCGCCCAGCUCCUUGAAAACGACGUAAGUCCACUGUCCGUUUUCCCGACCGCCAUCCUGAGGAAAGAAAAGAGAUGAGCAGUUUCUUCAUUCCUAGCUUGAGAUUAUCUAGUUUAUUAGCCAGCAUUUCUGCAAGGGUCAUCAAAAACCUAGCUUCAGCCCACGCAGCUGAGAGGUUGAAGGAAUUGGUUAUGAAAGACUGUUGUAUAAGUCAGGAGUAGAUCUCCCUAUUUCUGCAUUUCUUUCUUGUGACGUGAGGGCGCUUCAUCUUUCCACUCUUCAAUAGCGAUCAAAGCAAGGGCAUGCCACACCUGUGUUGCAUUUUUGAGUGAUUGUCAAAUCUAUCCUCUUCCCUAUCUUACGUAGCUUGUGUUUCCACUGAGAAAAGUCAAAGAAUGCCAGGCCAUUCUUGUAUGUUUUUUCCUAAUUUGUUUCAGUACCAGCUGCCUUCCCAAUUGGGUCUAAAAACCGAUCUUAGAAAAGGGCGAGUUGAUAAAAUACGGGAACACCUCCUCCAUCUUCUAUUUUUGGUGAUUCCAAGUUAGUGUGAUCAACCAACUUCUAAAAUCAAAGAGCUAUGGCUGAAGAUCAGCUUCCACUGGUGCUUGUGCUUUGAAAAGACUAUAGAGAACCGGUCCCCUCUUAUGGCUUCGCCUUUGGGACUCGGUAUAGGAUAGUGUCCAAAUGACAUCCAGAACCGUGUGCGAAGGAAAAGCAGAAAGGGAGGAUGCAUGUUCAAUCCCUCUCGUGGGGUUUUAAACCAAUGACCCUUGAAUGAACUGGACGUAGGCUCGAAUCCCGCGCGAAGAAAUGGGAUUUAGCUGGAUUCUCUUUAGAACCCGUCUACCAGUAUAGUGCCUUAGGGGCGUGAAUCGCGCUUAAUAAGUGAAGUGCCCCCCUUUUCUGCCUUUAGCCUUUGAUCCCUUUCUCGCUAAGUGCAAAGACUCGCUCAUCCCUCUGGGUGAUGAACGUCAACAGAUAUACGUCCGGGCGAUCCAGCCCCCAUAGAUCCAUCUUUUCCAGCCCAUCAUACCAAUAUCUCCCGUCUUUGGGUUGGGUGGAUUUGGUUUGUCCCCUCCUUUCCGUGCUACUAAGAUAAGACAAUGAAGGAGAAAGAAAGAGAUCGCAGGAGAAAUAGAAUGUGAGAAUGUCAAAAUGAAUUCUGAGGCCAUUCGUAGCCCAGAUUCAAGAUUUGUGAUUUACCAGACAGACGUGACACUUAUUGAAUUUUGUCACAACGGAAAUGGGAAAGCUCACCCAAGUAAUAGAAAGAAAGGCUAUUUGGCCUCUUCCUGAACAAGGGUCCAAUUGGCGCGGGAAGAGGAGCUCACAAGCUUGAAAGAUAGAAGCCCCUUCAGAUAGUCCAAAUAAGAAAUAAGUCACUAAUAAAACCUUCUCUGAAUCGUUCCUAACAAGGAGAGAAGUACGGGUGCUUGCUUUCAUUCAAAGGUAGGUUCGACCGCGUCAGGUCAGGUGGGUGAAUCUUACGGUUAAAGCAUUGUGAUUUCGCCUACUUAUCUUCUUUUCCCGGCACCGGCGAGGAGAACCCACAAGCGCCCGGCAAU